CAGAAAUAUUAAAAUAGUUCAUUGAAAAAAUCCUAGGUGUUUUUUCGAGAUAUUAAACUAAGAAAAAUAACUGCAAAUUUGUGAGAAAUCUUUUCAAUUCUAUGUAAAUUUAUACAUUUUACUGCUCCUUGCAAAACGACUAAAACAGGAAAAGUCUUAAAGUGUUUAGAAUAGGAUCUAAGUGUAUGUUCUACAAGAUAAAUUCUAUAUACCUAACUAGCUUCAUAGAAGGAUAAUUUUUUUAAAAAAAAAAUCGAUUGAUUUUUCUUCAAGUCUUUUAUCUUUAUUUACAUCAUUUUUAAAUUGAGAUUUUCUGCAACAAAAAAAAAUAAACUUUUUCCUUUUUGAACUGUGAUAACGAUAGAGAAAAGUCUAAAGGAAGGGAAUUUUUCGAAAUUUUUUCUACUUCAUUUUUUUUUUGUUCGGUGUUCAGUGCUAUUUUCAUUUAUAAUUUUAUUGUUGUCGCAUUAUUUAUUCGUUUUACGUAUCAUUGUAAAUUUGGACAAGAUUUUGUGUAAAGCAUAAGUCAACGUAAAAUGUCUAGUAUAGAAGGAAGUUCUAUGGACGAAUCCAACAAAAUGGAUGGUGAGAAUCUGGAAGAUGAAACAUCAAAUGACAUUCCACAACAAAGAACAGGUCCACCAAUUCAAAUAAUUCGUUACUCAACCGCGACACUUUUCGCAUUGAGAAGUUCAAAACUGUCACAACAGAGACCAGCAUGCAAAAAUAUGGAUUUAGCAUGUAUGAUUCAUAUGAAGCCGCCCCCAAAAAUGCUGAUUGCAAAUAUGAUGCCAAAAUUUGCACUCAAUCAGAUGCCUAAUCGUGGAGAAGAGUCCAUCUCACCUCUAUCGUUUCAUUCCAAUUCCUCGUCGUCGUCGAAUUUAUCAUAUCAGAAACGUUAUCAAGAUGGAAAGUAUGAUAAUGGCAGUGCUAACGAUGGAUACAACACCAGUAAUCGAUAUUAUUAUAACAAAUAUAAGAAUAAUGAUGAUGGAAGUUCCUCUCGAAUCAUUUAUAAGACAACAGGAGCAAAUGCAAGUAAUGGAAACAGUAUUCGGUUCUUGAAGAAGGCUUAUAAUAACAAGUAUGAGGAGCAUAAUAAUUCACUUGGAUUGAUUUCCAACAAAAAUAUCCUUGACAAUUCAAGUCGAGUCAUAACUGCUGCUGAUCAUCGAAAUUCAAGGAAAAAAGUUGAAGUAGAUGUCAAGAAUGAAAUUAAAAGUAGUAAAUCUAAUGAUAUUAGCCACAACGAAGAUAGUGAGAAGAAAUUACCAUCAGAUGAAGCAAACAAUAACUCAGAAAACGACAAAAAUGACAACAAAAAAUUGACUGAAGUUAAUGCAAAUGAUCUGAUGCUACGAAAUGAUCUCAAAAAGCUUCCUAAAGAUUUGGAUUUAACAAAUCAUUUGGAUGAUAUUUUUAAUGAUUUGAAUAUUAAUCAAUUGCUCGAUGAUAACAAUAUGCCCGACGAACGCGAGUCUUCUCGUUUCAGUAAAUGGUUUACAAAGGAUGAAGCCAAGGAUGAGCAAAUUCCUGAUACACAAAAUAACAACGGCAACAAUGUUAUCAAUAAUAAGCAUGCAAAUCUCUCAAUGUUUGCACAUGAAACUGACAAGUUUUUCCAGCCAAUUGACAAAGUUGAAAGCAACUCAAUGUUUAAUAUGAUGAAGGUACAUGAAAUGGAAAAUCAAAGAAACGAUCCAUUGAUGAAUAUGUUGAAGCACCAACAGCCGAUAGCUACUUCUUCAUCAACGUCAGCAUUAUCGCCAAAUUCUGGACAGGUUCAUAGUGUUGAAGAGCUCGAGGCUAAAUUGAGGCAUCAUAAUGAGGACAAAGAUCGUAAAAGUAAUGAGAAUGAAAAGAAAGUUCUUCAAAACUUCUUCCAGCAACAAUUAAUUCCGAAUUUAAUGCCACAACAGAGACAACAUCAACCAAUAAAUCAGCAUCAACAAAAUCAAGAUGACAUAAAUGCUUUUAAGAAGCUUUUAUCACAAAUUACCAACGACAAUGAUAAGAUUUCGAGUCCAAUUGUGACAGCACCGAGUAAUCAAAAUAUGUUGCAGCAGUUGAUAAAUAAAGGAUUUCAAAGUAAUCCCGAUGUCAUGAAUCAAUAUCAAAAAUCCUUUCCAAUGACUGGGAAAGUUCCACCCGUUAAUUCUCAAAAACUCAUUAAUCCAUUGAAUUCGGGAAUGAUGCAACAGCAGUUUUCUGGCAAUGUAGACUUGAAAUUUUUACAGCAACAACCACCGCAGCCACAGCAGAAAAUUCCAUUGCCCGAUAUUAUGAAGAGACCCGAAGUUCAAGCUCUUGUUCAAGAACUGACAUCAGGAGAAUUAUCACAGUACACUUUGUGGCAACGAUUGACGGCUCCUGGCUUAACACCGAUUGAGAGAGAUAUAAUAACGUGUGCAUUGAAUGUAUUUAAUACAAAUAGCAAUAAUGGAAAUUCUGGAAUGUUUCCAAAACAGACGAUUGGUCCAAACCCAAAUUUGUAUUCACAAAGUGGACCAAUUCCUACAAAUCAAAAUGCAUCUCAAUUACAUCAAUUAAUGCAACAUCAAAUGAAAGCAAGCACACUCACAGCACCGAUUCCGAUUCCACCACAAACUUCUCCGCUUUCUCCAGUUCCUCCAAUCGAACCACAUUUAUUGUUUCAACAUCAGGCAGCUGUUGCUGCAAAUAAACAGUUGCGUCUUUCACCAUUACCAGCUUCUGGACUUUCAAUGGGUCCAGCUGUUUUAACACCGAAUAAUUUGACACUUCAAGUGCCAGGAAUGCCUCAAAGAAUUCCAAGUCCUCGUGAGCUUCAAUAUCAUACACAGUCAAUUAUGCAAAAUGCACUUAUCCGUAAGAAAUUGGAGGAGCAACGUGAAAAUUUCCGAAAACGACAAGAGCAAGAGAAACAAGAAAUUGCAAAAAAGAGUCAGCAUGACAUAACAUCUACUGCUGGUGAUGUAUGUACUGAGCAGCAAAAUAAUAUAAUUACUACAAUUGCAUCAUCACAACAAGAGGAAGUAUCAAAGAAUUCGAAUGAUUUAUCUCCAAAUAAAAAGGUGAUUUCAAUAGUAAAUCAAUCGCAAAUGCAGCGUCAACAUGCUCCGUCGCCAAGCAUUUUCACACCAACAUCUGUAUUAAGAAAAAUGACUGCCGAAAAGGAAUCUGAUUCGGGAAAGGCAACAUCAAACGUUGGUCGUAUCGACGAUAAGAAAAAGCAAGUUGCAAACAUGCAACAACAACAACAACAACAGCAACAUUCUAUUCGAAAUCAAAUGCCCCAACCAUUCAUGAAUAACAUGAAUCCAGUUGAUAGAAUGAAAAUUCAAAAUGAAGCAUUUGGGUGGGAACCUCAUCAACAGCAAAUUGGGGGAAUUAACAAACCACCAGCACAACAAACUGCCGCCGGAAAUCAACAUAACAAUAUGAAUCAAGCUGGUCAAGUUAUGACAUCUAAUUCCGUUAAUUACGAUUUCCAACAACCACAACAGCAGCAGCAGCAACAACAACAAAUGCAGAAAUUGAAUCAGAUUCAAAAGGCACAAUUUUUACAGCAGCAACAGAUGAUGCAAAUGAAGAAACAGCAAAUGGACAACAAUCCAGUAUUGUCACAAUUUAUGGCUCAACAGCAGCAACGAGCACAAGCUCAGUCACAAUUUCGUUCUCAAUUUCAACAACAACAGCAGCAGCCUAUGAACUUUCAAUCAAUGAUGCAAGGACGUGCUGACAAAAAUGAAGAUUUAUUGGAUAAUCGCAAUAUCUUGAAUAAUGGAGGAUGCUUGUCCCCAACAAGUAAUCAAUUGGCAAAAUGGUUUUCACCAGAAUUAUUAGCAGAUGCUUCAGCCGGAAAAUUGCUCCCGUCUUUAAAUGUAGGACAGAUGAUGAGUUUAGAAGAAUUGGAAAAAUGCAUGCAAAAUUCAUAAAUGUUCUUGGUUUGAUUAUAAAAACCAUCAUGAUUUUGUAAAGUUUUAACCUUCAACCUUAAAAAAAUUAUGAAAAUGGAGCGAAAUAGAAUUCAUUAAAUGGGAAGAAAAAAAAA